AUGUCAUCACACUAUACAGAGUCUUUUAGAGCAGGAGGAGCUAGAAAGACCGAUAAAAAUGAUACUGACACCAUGCUAUCCUAACAUGGGAGAGAUGGAAAUUAAGAGUAUUUGGCUCAGAAUCAUUUGAAAGAUAAGCAUGCUGAAAAUAUUGGAAAGGUUAUGCCUGAUUCCACAAGUGGUGGAGGUCAUCGAGGAGUCUUAUAUAGAUAUGGAAAUGAUGAGAUGAAGCCAGAUAUAAUGAAUGAGGAUGCUAAAAUGCAUGAAAAUAAGAUGACUCAGAGAUAAUGGGACAGUGAUAAAGAACUUAGCUUUGAGAAUGCUUGCAGAGAAGAAAAGUAACUUCUGAAUAAUUGUCACUCUGAUAAUAAAACUAAUCGUGAAAUGUGCAAAGAAUUAGCAGAUGAAGUUAUUAAUUGCUAAAGAACUUAUGGUAAAUAUUUCCCUACCGAAGAUAAGUUUCAUUUGAAUAAGUGA